UGUGUGUGUGUGUGUGUGUGUGUGUGUGUGUGUGUGUGUGUGUGUGUGUGUGUGUGUGUGUGUGUGUGUGUGUGUUAACUUUUUCCAUCCCCGUCUAUUAGAGUUCCAUUAACCAUGUGUCCAUCUGCUAUACGUUAUAAAGAGUGAUUCAUCCAGGUAUGGAGAAGUAGAGUGUGUUCUCUCUCACCCCACCUUCCUGACUAGCUGAAGGUAAAGUCUAAGUGCCAAUAAACCUUUGCGCUCAGGUGGAGUGAGAGAUAGUGUACUGUUUGGGUGUGUUUUAUCAGACUCGUACAUGUGCAGCAUAGAAGUGUGUUCGCAGAGACCAUGGCCAGAGAGUACCGAGUCUGAGAAUUCACUCCACGGUAGAAAGGACAUUCUUUGUUGAAAGGAAAGAGCGAUGGAGUCUUUUGCAGGACAUGCGGAGGGCAGCGCUGAUGACCUUACAGGAGGAAAGAGGAAGUCCAAGCUGAAGACCCUGAAGACACGUCUGUUUGGGAGAUCCAAGAGAGAGACCCAACUCAGCCAGUCUGCUGGCGAUGUCACUGAGGUGGAGGGGCUGGGCUCAGCUGAGCGUCUGUGUUCAGGCGUGUUGGGAUCACGGGCGUUGUCACAUGACAGUAUCUUCUUGGCCGACCAGGAUCUGUCUAGUCCUGAGCAGCCCAGGGUUCUAUCCCAGGAUAACGUCCAAGGCAGGAUCAAAGAACUCCAGAUGAAGCUCCAGCAGCAGAACAUGCGUCUAGGCCCGUCCCCAAUGGUCCUGCCAAUCAAACGUCCAGAGGACCUGGGGGGCAGCUCAGGGGACGAUGGUCUGCCCCACAGCCCUCCCGAAAUCUCCAUGGGUGACCACAGACACCCCCGGGGGGCAUCUUACAAGUUCCCUGCCCCUCCCAGGCACCAUAGCUCUCUGAGUUUAGCAGGAACAGGAAGUGAGGAGGAAGAGCAGGCCACCUCCCAACCCUUGUCCCAUCCCCUCUCUCCCAUGCUCAAACCUCCUCUUACCAGCUUUGUGCACCCCACCCCAUCUGCCCCCCUCUCUGCCUUCUCCCCUGCCUCUCCUGCCUUGGAUUUCAGCACUCCAGCCCAGUUCACCCCCUCCCUGGAUAACUCUGCCGCCCGCCACCGUAUGUCCAUCAAGCCCAGGAACCAGAGGGCCAGUGCCAAGAACAAAAGGCUGACCAUGACUGAAUCGAGACCACGCUCAGAGAGUCUUAACAACUUUGACCGGCCCUUGACAGAGGAGGAAGAGGACGGGCCUGCUAUUACUGGGAGUAAAACACGUUUACGUUCUCACUCUACCCAGAUCCAAAAGUUAGAGCAAGGGGGGUUGACCACCCCCACUGCACCCCCAGAGCUGACACCCCUUAAGUCUGGUCCCACAGAGGCCGAGGGGUGCCCAAAAACCUCCACCUCCACCCCAACCCUCCCCUGCAAGCCCUCUCCACAAGAGCAGCUGCAUCCUGGGGUUGCUCUGAGACCAGUGGAAAUUGUGCCAGGCAAACAGCCACAGUCUUCCUCUGUGACCACAGUACAGGACCUGAGAUACACUCCACAACAGCAGACCCUGAAACUGUCCCUGGGAGACCCCAAGCCCUCAGCCCCAUCCCAAACCAAGAGGGACAUCCUGAGCAAGAGUGGUGUGAAAGAUUCAACCCCCAGCACCGAGGGUAGCACCAAAGAAAACCCAGUCCCGGCCGCCCAGCCCGCAGUUAGCCUGGCCUCAGUGGUGGAUCUCAGAACAUCCUCUCUGAGGUGGAAGCCAGAGGCUGUGGCUGCUGGUCAGAGUACCACAGAGCCACCUGCUGGGCCGGAGGACGCGGGUCAGGCAGAGCCAAGGCCAGUCUCUGGAUCCUUCCGCUUCUCCAUCAACUCUGCCAGGGAGCGGGAGAGACCCAGGAUGGGAAGUGGUGGUUUCUUGGGAGUAGUGGAGCAGGCUGGGGCUGGGCCGAAGAGGGAGGGAAGGGAGAAGGGGACAGAGGUGAAGUUGAUCUCCUCAAACGCCAGCCAGAGGGGGCAGGAGCAGCAUGGGGGCAGGCAAGAGGGAGCCAAGCCCAAAGAAGAGGAUUUGACUGCCAGCGAUAUCGGGGAGAAAGUCUUGGAAGGGGAGGAGGUGGAGGAGGAGAGCAGGGAGGGAGUGGAGGAGGCAGUGGAAGCAAAGGAGGAGGCACAGGAAGAGGAGGAAGAGGGGAAAUCGGCAUUUGGCGUGAAGCUUCGCUCCACCUAUCUCUCUCUGAAGGUCCGGGCGGAGUCAGCCACCAGCCAAUCAGAUCUCAAGAUUAACCGUCAAAGUCAGGAGGUGGGUGCUCUCCCUCUUACCCCUUACACCCUUUCCUCAAAACCCACUGGGCUUGAGGGGCUACAGGACACCCCGCCAACCAACUCAAUGCCCCAAAAGCUCCAUACAAACACCUGGGAUGCCCCAACAACACUGUCUUCACCCAGGGGGAGAGCCGGCUCCCUCAGAGAAGCAGUAACCUCAGCCCAGCCUACCCCCUCACCUCUCACUAAAGAGGCCCAAACCACUCCAGCUAUCCAUAAGGUGGUCCAAACCACCCCUGUCCCAGCCAUGGAAGCCCACACUACCUCCUCAACCACUCAGGACCCCACGACUGGCCCCCAUGCGCCCCCCAAGGCUACCGUAUCCUGGAUGAGCAUGGCAUGGGGGAAGACCAGGGACCUCCAGCAGCUCUUCACCAGCAGUCUACCUAGAGAGUUCACUGGCAUGCAGUCCCCAACUCAACCGCAAUGUCAGACCACAACACAACCACAGACGUCGUCACUGGCUCAGAUCAUGACACAAACUCAGAGACAGAAUGCAACACAACCACAGACACAGACGACAAUGCCACCACAGGCUCAGACCGCAGCACAACCACAAUCACAGACCCCAAUGCAACCCCUGACUGCUAAACUACUGCAGUCACAUAAUUCAGCACAACGACCACAGACAGCAGCACAAACACCCACACAGACCACAAAACAACAGCAGACUGACAAAACACCACAGACACAGAACACAACACAACCACAGACAGUGACUCAACCAUCAACACAGAACACAAAACCAUCAACACAUGUGUCAAACCAAACCAACACUUGGGCAGCACAACCAACCACCGCCCCUCAACCGCUAGCACAAUCUACCCUAAGUUCUGUGCCUCGGGUGACCUCACCGUCCAACCUACGAGCAACCCAGCACACCCUGCGCUCCACUCCACAGACCCAAGCCCAAGCCACACUACGAUCUGCCCCAAUAGGUGCCACUUCCACUCAGCCCCUGGCCUCGUCUUCCCUCUCUUCAAGCCCAAGCUCCACACCCAGCCAACCGCCCUGGAUCACACGAGGUCACAACCCUAACCCUCAGCCCAAACCAGCCUUAGCCCCAACAACAAACCCAGCCCCAGUCCAAGCUACAGUCCCAGCACUAGGGAGAGGUGACAGGACCCUUGUCCUCCAGGGGAAGAGUGAGGAGGCGGCUGUGCCAACAGAAAAGUGGGUGGACCGGGACAGGCCAGGGACUGUGGGAGGGAGGGCAGCCUUUCUGGAGAAACGGGCGGAGUGGACCCCUCCUGCUGGGAGCAAGGUGGAGCUCAGGAGAACGCGAACCCCACCUGAGUCUCAGCCCACAGCUGAAUCUGCUGCUCCUUCCAAAACGCCACCCACUCACAGAAACACUAAAGUUGCUAAACUUGAUGGGAGGCCAGAAUCAAGCCCAACCAAAGUGGCAGGCAGGCAUGCAGACAGAGAGCACAAAUGGCUGAGAAAGAACAUGGCAACGUCGUCAUCUCCUUCAUCAUCACCUUCGUCAUCAUCCCCCCUGCAGACCAUCUCUGACAGUGGAGGGCAGCCAUUUUGGAUGGAACUGGCCAAGAGGAAGUCAAUGGCCUGGAAUGACAAGACCAUGGACUGAUAGAAUGAGAAAGAAAGAAAGAAAGAAAGAAAGAAAGAAAGAAAGAAAGAAAGAAAGAAAGAAAGAAAGAAAGAAAGAAAGAUGCAGAGAGAGAUAGGGGGAGUUCCUUAUUUAUAUGCACUUAUUGUUAGUUGCUAUAGUCAAGAGUGUCUGCUAAAAUGGCUCAAUUGCAAGUUGUGAGAGUGGUAGAGACAGAGGGAGAGAAACAGCAACAACAGUAGUGAUGGGAAUGUAGCGCGAGUGAAGGACAAAGUGAGAUGUUGAGUUCAUUGAAGUGGAAUUGAAUUGACCUUGGAAGCAAAAGCUAUAGGUAAGCUGUAAAAUCGGCUUCCCUUGAAUGUACAGGCUUGCUUUGUUUGUGACAUUUUUUUGUAUUGUAUGUUUGCGUAUGGGAUGACUAUGAUGUAGAAUGGUUCACUAUCUCUGAAUUAUUUUUCUGUCUCUCUUGGUUUUGAUCCAAACAUAUUUUUGUCCCAAACUCUGGGCUUAUGUUAGAGACGGGGAAAAUAUUAUUGAUAUAUUGUUAGAAUAACAUUUUAAUUUUAUCUCAGAAAUAAAUAAUGUAUAAGAUAUUUAUGAAAGUAAUAAAUGCUUAUGUGUGUGACUAAAUGCCCCAGUGUUGUUCUAACUAUUUAUCUCUAAUUGUUUAUGAUGAAUAAUAAAAAUACAAAUGUU